CAACCCAAACCUCUACCACGGGGCCAGAGAUAUAGCUCGAGAGGCAGCCCGGCAGCCGUGGAACCAAGGCAUGGAUGACUACAAGUACCAGGAUAACUAUGAGGGCUAUGCCCCCAGCGAUGGCUAUUACCGAGGGGGCAACGAGUCCAACCAGGACGAAGAUGCGCAGAGCGAUGCCACCGAAGGCCAUGACGAGGAGGAUGAGAUCUAUGAGGGCGAGUACCAGGGCAUCCCCCACCCGGAUGACUUCAAGGGCAAGCAGGCCAAGAUGGCGCCCUCCAGAGCAGAUGGCUUUCAGACAGACCUGAUGGCUGAGCGGAUGGAAGACGAGGAGCAGCUGGCCCACCAGUACGAGACCAUCAUCGAGGAGUGCGGUCACGGGCGUUUCCAGUGGACCCUCUUUUUUGUCUUGGGCUUAGCCCUGAUGGCCGAUGGGGUGGAGGUGUUUGUGGUGAGUUUUGCCCUGCCCAGUGCCGAGAAGGACAUGUGCCUGUCUAGUUCCAAGAAAGGAAUGCUUGGGCUGAUAGUCUACUUAGGAAUGAUGGCGGGGGCCUUCGUCCUGGGGGGCCUGGCUGAUAAGCUGGGGAGGAAGAGAGUCCUCAGCAUGUCUCUGGCCAUCAACGCCUGCUUCGCCUCCCUCUCCUCCUUUGUGCAGGGCUACGGAGCCUUCCUCUUCUGCAGACUCAUCUCGGGCAUAGGGAUUGGAGGUUCCCUGCCCAUUGUUUUUGCUUAUUUUUCUGAAUUCUUGUCUCGGGAGAAACGAGGAGAACACCUCAGCUGGCUGGGAAUCUUCUGGAUGGCCGGGGGUCUUUACGCAUCGGCCAUGGCCUGGAGUAUCAUUCCUCACUACGGUGAGACCCUGGCUUCAAAGAGCCCAGCGCCUUUGCCUUGUUGCUGUAUUCACGUUUCCCACAUCAAAACACCCAAGCAAAUGGAUGAAUUCAUCGAGAUCCAAAGUUCAACAGGAACUUGGUACCAGCGCUGGCUGGUCAGGUUCACCACCACGUUCAAGCAGGUCUGGGAUAACGCGCUGUACUGCGUGCUGGGCCCCUUCAGAAUGAACACCCUCAUCCUGGCCGUGGUCUGGUUCACCUUGGCGUUAAGUUACUACGGGCUGACCGUCUGGUUUCCCGACAUGAUCCGCUACUUUCAAGAUGAAGAAUACAAGUCGAAGAUGAAGGUGUUUUUCGGGGAGCACGUGUACGGCGCCACGAUCAACUUCACCAUGGAAAACCAGAUCCACCAGCACGGGAAGCUGGUGAACGACAAGUUCACGAAGAUGUACUUUAAACACGUCCUCUUUGAGGACACGUAUUUUGACAAGUGUUAUUUCGAAGACGUCACCUCGACGGAUACCUAUUUCAAGAACUGCACCAUCGAAUCCACCUUCUUUUAUAACACAGACCUCUACAAGCACAAGUUCAUCGACUGCCGCUUCAUCAACACCACCUUCCUGGAGCAGAAGGAGGGCUGCCACAUGGACUUCGAGGAAGACAACGACUUCCUGAUUUACCUCGUCAGCUUCCUGGGCAGUCUGUCCGUGUUGCCUGGGAACAUCAUUUCUGCCCUGCUCAUGGACAGAGUCGGGAGGCUGAAGAUGAUGGGGGGGUCCAUGCUGAUCUCUGCCGUCUGCUGCUUCUUCCUGUUUUUCGGCAACAGCGAGUCUGCGAUGAUCGGCUGGCAAUGUCUGUUCUGUGGCACCAGCAUCGCAGCCUGGAAUGCCCUGGGUGUGAUCACAGUGGAGCUGUACCCCACCAACCAGAGGGCAACAGCCUUCGGUAUCCUCAACGGAUUGUGCAAGUUCGGCGCCAUCCUGGGAAACACCAUCUUCGCUUCGUUCGUGGGGAUCACCAAGGUGGUCCCCAUCCUCCUCGCUGCUGCUUCUCUGGUUGGGGGUGGCCUGAUUGCCCUCCGCCUGCCAGAGACUCGAGAGCAAGUCCUGAUGUGAACCAGCGGUGGGGAAGAAGAUAAGGAGAGAAACUCGGGCCCGGACAUGUCAAUACAGCCAUACUUCCCGCCUGCCACUGUCCACGGUGACACCUCAGCUGGCACAGGCGGAGAGGUGGUUGACUUUGUGAUCUCUACUUUAGGACCCACUUCAGCUGUCCAUAACGUUUGUAACUCAGGUGACUGAUUUGGGGGUGGCCCCCAAGUCACCCCUUAGAAAUCCCAGAUCUUUGUGCUUAGCCUCCAUCCUCCUCGGCCUAAGGCGGGAAGAGAACUCCCACACCAGGAUACACACCACCCAGGGAGCCUGCGUGUCUCCUUCAGUGAGAGGGAAAGGACUCAUGAAGUUCAGGGGGAUCCCAGUGACCUGAGGAUUCCUCCACUCGGUGGGAAAGUCCAGUCAUCACGUGGCUGUUGAAGAACAGGACACAUAUGUUUUUUACAUUUUAAACAUCAUUGUCCUCUCUCCCAUUGAGAUUUGCCAUAAUCGGAUUGAAGAGAGUCGGAUAGAGAAAACGAAAUAAGCGAGAUCUUUAGAGACCAACUUCCCUCCCCCCCACCCCCGCCCCAAAGUCUUCAACUGUCCUUGAUACCAUGGUACAUUUAAGAAUCACAUUUAUCCCUGUUUUGCUCUAGGCUAAGAAACUCAGUGGGGUAGGCAGUCUGUAAACCAAGUUUGUAUAUAAGUAUCUUCCGUUUUCUUUGCACAAAUGGUAGCUGCAAGUAUUUGCCAGCAUUUUAGCCAUAUUUGGGGGAGAACCUGGUAUUCAAGGUUCUGAACUAUCGGAUCCAGGAAAAGCAAGCAAAAUUUCUUAUAGCCAUUGGAGUC